AUGCCGCGAACUACGACAUUAGAGUGCCCAGGUUGCUCUCCACUUCGAGCUCUAACUUUUGACUCACUUGGUCUCAUAAAAGUGAUCGAGUCUCGUGGUGAAAGAGGAAUACCUCAGGUUGUUGAGAGAUGGGGUGAUCCUGAUUCUUCCAAAUGCGUGCUUGCUGCUUCCAUUGAUGACCGUAAAAAAGACCCUUUAUUGGCUGUUGCAAGGAAAAAUGGAGAGGUUGAAGUACUCAACCCCCUUAAUGGAGAAAUUCAUGUUGUGUUUUCUAAUGUUGGUGAGGAUGGUGUUCAACCUGAAGAUGAUGCUUUUGCUGGUUUGCAUUUAUUCAGGAGAGAGAGGUUAUCUAGGUCAUGUACUUUGCUUACAUGUACAGCAAAAGGAAAUGCAAGCAUGAGGGCUUGUGGAGUUGAUAAAUCUAUCACUGAUAAUGCCAGUAUUAGUGUAACAAAGACAUGGAAAGUUUGUGGUUCUGGCUAUGUCUUAUGUUCUAAAGUGGAUGGAAGUGAAAAUUAUGCGGUGUUUGGAGGGAAAGGUGUUGAAGUUAAUCUAUGGGACCUUGAGAAUUCUACUAAGAUUUGGACUGCGAAAUCUCCUCCUGUGAAUAGCCUUGGAAUAUUCACCCCAACUUGGUUUACAUGUACAACAUUCCUGGGUAAUGAUGAUCACCGUAAAUUUGUGGCUGGCACCAACAGUCAUCAGGUCCGUUUAUAUGAUAUAUCUGCUCAGCGCAGACCUGUCCUGUCAUUUGAUUUCAGAGAGACCGCUAUUAAGGCAGUCACUGAAGAUCAAGAUGGCCAUACAAUCUAUUUAGGAAAUGGGUCUGGUGACCUUGCUUCUUUCGACAUGCGAACAGGUUUGGAUCGCUACUUGCGGUUGUGGGAUAUAAAGACUCGUCAACUUCUUUCAGCGGUUUUCCUGAAGCAGCACCUUACAAAUGUUGUUUUUGAUUCCAAUUUUGUUGACAAAGAAGUUUCGGCAACAGCACAAAACUUGGAUGAGAUCCAAACUGUAGAUGAGAUUGGAACAUUGCCCGUGAAAAGAAAGAAAGCAUCUAAAGAGAAAAGGGAGAAAAAGAAGAAAUAUGAAGAAAAUGAAGAAAGAACGGUGGCUGCUUCUGCAUGGCAUCUUGCAAGUGAAAUGCCACAGGAACAUAAUGAUGCCUUCACUGCCCCAAUUUUAUACAAUUUUGCAAUGCUUCAUCCGCGGGAAUCAAUCGUGGCCAGCAAAAACAAUUAUGGGUUCCGGGACAAGGCCCUAUUUCCAUAG